ACAGAAACUCCCUGAGUUUAUCAGGUGGGUGGUAGUAGAAUUUCCCUGCCUUACCAGCGUGUCCUAAAACUCCUCUUCGAUUGCUCCUCUUCUUCUCACAGAGGAGAUCGCUAUUAGAACCCUAGCUAGGGUUUUUCAACUCUACUAACUUAUGAAUCGAAUCACAACAACCUGAUCAAGAACUAGCCCUAGCCUUUAUCUGAUCCACAAUUCGAAGAAUUUCAUUGUACUUCAUCGAUCUCAUGAAGACGAGUUCAGUUUUCUUGAUUUCCUUGCUCGUUUUUGCUUCGUUAGGCUCUAUUCAUGGCAUUUCUGAAUCGGAAUCGGAGGGGACGAAGAAGAACAAGUUUCGGGAACGAGAGGCCACCGACGAUGCCCUUGGUUAUCCCAACCUGGAUGAGGACGAAUUGUUGAAUACUCAGUGUCCUCAACAUUUGGAGCUGAGAUGGCAGACAGAAGUUAGUUCUAGUGUAUAUGCUACCCCCUUGAUUGCUGAUAUAAACAGUGACGGAAAGCUUGAUAUAGUUGUUCCCUCAUUUGUUCACUACCUGGAAGUUCUUGAAGGUUCUGAUGGAGAUAAAAUGCCAGGAUGGCCUGCUUUUCAUCAGUCAACUGUACAUUCCAGUCCUCUCUUAUAUGAUAUUGACAAGGAUGGUGUGAGAGAAAUAGCUUUGGCUACCUACAAUGGAGAGGUGCUCUUUUUCAGGGUUUCUGGCUACAUGAUGUCAGAUAAAUUGGAGAUACCCCGGUUGAAAGUUAAAAAAGAUUGGCAUGUCGGUUUGCGUGCAGACCCAGUGGAUCGUUCUCAUCCAGAUGUUCAUGAUGAGUCGCUUGUUCGGGAGGCUGUUAUGAAUUCAAUUCGUCAAACUAAUGGAAGUGCAACUGGAUCUGGCACCUCAAAUUUAACUACACCAGCAGACCUGACUAACACAGUGAAUGCAUCCAAUUUAGAGAAUCAAGGGAAAUUUAACGAUAGUCAAGUAGACGCAGGGAUUAAGUUGCCAACAAGCAUGGAUAAUAGUACUUUGGACUCUGGAUCAUCAAAAACCAGCAAUGCAGAGAAUGGAACUAACAGUAGAAGACGGCUUCUUGAAGAUGCUGCCUCAAAAGGCUCGGAAGUAGGUGGUUCGGAUUCCAAAGCUAGCAAUGGGGAUGUUCAUGCUGCAACCGUGGAGAAUGAUCAAGGUUUGGAGGCAGAUGCUGAUUCAUCUUUUGAGUUAUUACGAGAUAGUGACGAGCUGGCUGAUGAGUAUAGUUAUGACUAUGAUGACUAUGUGGAUGAAAAUAUGUGGGGGGAUGAGGAGUGGACUGAAACAGACCAUGAAAAUUUGGAAGACUUUGUCAACGUUGACUCACACAUCUUGUGCACUCCCGUCAUAGCAGACAUUGAUAAUGAUGGGGUAUCCGAGAUGGUUAUUGCUGUAUCUUACUUCUUUGAUCAUGAGUACUAUGACAACCCAGAGCAUUUAAAGGAACUUGGUGGUAUUGAUAUUGGAAAAUAUGUAGCUGGUGGUAUUGUUGUUUUUAAUCUUGAUACAAAGCAAGUUAAAUGGACUGCACAGCUAGAUCUGAGUACGGAUACUGGAAAAUUUCGUGCCUAUGUAUAUUCUUCCCCAACUGUUGUUGAUUUGGAUGGUGAUGGGAAUCUGGACAUUCUUGUUGGAACUUCCUAUGGCUUGUUCUAUGUCUUUGAUCAUAAGGGCAAGUUGAGGGAAAAAUUUCCUCUUGAAAUGGCUGAAAUUCAAGGAGCUGUAGUUGCAGCUGAUAUCAAUGAUGAUGGCAAGAUUGAGCUAGUUACUACUGAUACACAUGGAAAUGUUGCUGCAUGGACUGCACAAGGAAAAGAAAUUUGGGAAAGACAUCUUAAAAGUCUUGUUCCACAGGGUGCCAGUGUUGGUGAUGUAGAUGGGGAUGGCCAUACUGAUGUUGUAGUUCCAACACUAUCGGGAAAUGUAUACGUUCUUAGUGGCAAGGACGGGUCAGAUAUUCGUCCUUAUCCAUAUAGAACUCAUGGGAGAGUGAUGAAUCAAGUUCUUCUUGUUGACUUGAGCAAACGCGGGGAGAAAAAGAAGGGUCUGACUAUUGUUACUACAUCAUUUGAUGGUUAUUUGUAUCUUAUAGAUGGACCCACAUCAUGUGCUGAUGUAGUGGAUAUUGGUGAAACUUCAUAUAGCAUGGUAUUGGCUGACAAUGUUGAUGGCGGAGAUGAUCUUGACCUUGUUGUGGCAACAAUGAACGGCAAUGUCCUCUGUUUCUCUACCCCAGCUCCUCAUCAUCCACUCAAGGCAUGGAGAGUGCAUAAUCAGGGACGAAACAAUGUUGCAAACCGCUUCAAUCGUCAAGGCAUCUACAUUUCGCCUUCAUCAAGAGCUUUCCGCGAUGAAGAAGGCAAGAAUUUCUGGGUUGAAAUUGAGAUUAUAGAUAAAUACAGGUUUCCGUCUGGGUCUCAAGCACCUUAUAAUGUCACAACAACAUUGUUAGUUCCUGGAAAUUACCAAGGAGAGAGAACGAUGAAGCAAAACAAGAUCUUUGACCGUGCUGGAAAAUACAAGAUUAAGCUUCCGACAGUGGGAGUACGAACCACGGGGACAGUUUUGGUGGAGAUGGUCGACAAGAACGGACUACAUUUCUCAGAUGAAUUCUCACUCACAUUCCAUAUGUAUUACUACAAACUAUUGAAGUGGCUUCUUGUCCUUCCUAUGCUCGGGAUGUUUGGUGUGCUCGUGAUCCUUCGUCCACAGGAGGCCAUGCCGUUGCCGUCCUUUUCACGAAACACCGACUUGUGAUAAUUAGGUCAUAUCAAAAUGUGAUGAUACAUGGUUGUCAAAUCUCACAGAACGCGAAUAGUUGCACGUAUUGACCAGAUGCCAGAAACAUCCAAUUGUGAUGGCCACAUUUGAACACUUGCAUGGGAAGCAGAUGAGGUAAUGUUGACUGAUACCAAGUUUUGAAGAUACCAAGUGAGACCUUUGUAAUAUUUUUUCCGGAUCCAGUGAUUUCUUGAUCCCCAUUUUGUGUGCGUUCUGUCUGAUGUAUUUUGUUCAACCCAUUGUGAGGUAUAAUCCGAGGAUAAUUGAUAUUUAUUGACUCUAGGAUUUUGUUUUGAGAAAAUGUUUUUAAAGUGUGUGUGAAAUUGUUAAUAGGAUGUUCAAUUUAAUGGUGGAAUUAUUUCGGAUUCCAUGGUUAGGUUCAACAGACAUCAACAUGAAUGCAUUUCAAGUA